AUUACAACACAUUACCUAUUUUCAAAAAAAUAAGACAUUACAACAAUUAAAGGAGGGUCGACAUGCCAUACAUUUUUUCAUAAUCAAAAUCAAACUAACGAAAAUAUAUGAAGGAAAGGAAACGAAAAAGGAUAUGAUCAUUUCUCCAUUUUUCACGCAGCAGUUUCUGAUGUAUCACCCUCAAAGAAGGCUGUGUGUAGAGCCCUAACACACCGCUCUGCUUCAUUGUCGUUCACAAUCAAUGAUAUGUUAACCUAGUUGGUAAACCUAGAGGAGGAGGAGAUGGUGGUGUUGGAAAAGAUUUUGAUGGCUGAACGAGUUGGAAGACGAGUUAACUCAGAAGUUGCAGAGUCUAACUUGUUUGAGAUGGAGUGCGUCCACGUUGGGAAUUUAGUGGGUUGCUUGAGGUCGAUGCUUCAUGAUCUGGUCGGCUGCAUCUCCGCUGCUUCUCCGCCCUUAUACGACCGGCCAAUCGUCUGCAUAGUCACUGAAGUCUCCAAAAACCUUGAGCGCGCAGUGACCCUGGUUUCUUCCAUGGCAACUGGUAGAAACAACUCGAGCCAACUUGAGCAUCAACAACAUCAGCAUCAUCAGAUACAAGAGCAUAACCAUCAUCAGAUUCCUUAUGCCAUAUUUCCAUCAUCUCCAUCAUCAUCCUCAAUCCCCCCAUCUGGAAACUUCAUAAGCAAAGAUAGCGGAGCUUAUGAUUUGGGAGAAUUGGAUCAAGCACUUUUCCUCUAUCUCGAUGGACAAGACCCAUCUUCAGCUUCUUCAAUUCAAGAGCAAACUGUGCCUCCACCUCAGCAUCCAUCUCAGCAAAAAGAAGGUCACGUCAGACACAGAGGAAGGGCUGAUGAGCAUACUGUUAAAUGUUAACGGAAAUGUUAACGGAAGGGUCAAGAGAGGGGCUGAUUUGCCACUGCAGGUGAGUUGAGGGGUUGAUUUGCGCGUGAAAUGGGUUGAGGGGGUGAUUUGCCACCAGUUGUUGAGUUUAGGGGGUGAUCUGCACCUUUU